AUGGCCGAGCAGCAAAGUCAGGACAACCGGCGUACGGUCGUGCUGAUCGGUAGGACUGGAAAUGGGAAGUCAACCUGCGCCAAUGUCAUUGCGGGUUGUAACAGUGACGAUCCCGAGCAACAGCUCUUCAGAGAGAGCGAUACAGCCGCUAGUGAAACGAAAGACAUUAUUCAGAAGAUAGUACGUGUCACGUGGAAUAAAACCGUAUAUGAUUUGAACAUAGUUGACACAACUGGACUCGGAGAUACCUCAUUGUCUGAAGAGCAAGUGCUGAAACGUCUAGCAAAAGUUUGUCAUACGUGCAAGGAAGGAUUGAAUGCUGUCUUUUUUAUAGUCAAAGAUAGACUGACAAAAGUAGAAGCUGACGCAUGGGAUAUCAUUUUGGAAAGUUAUUUUCACUCCAGAAACACGCGCCAAGUCACGAGAUACGCUGAUAGCAAAAUUGCUCUCUCUGACCAAGUUUACAAACCGGUAGAGUUAGAUCAAGUAAAUGAGCGCAUCUCGACUCACAUGGAAAUACAGUCUGAAGCAGACAACAGAAUAGAAAAGCUGAAGGUGGAUUACGCAAAGGAACGAAACGAAUUAGAGAAAGCUCGCAUUCAAGCAGCGGUUAGCGAAAAGAAGGCAAGAUCAGCUAGAGCUGAAGCUGACACGCUCCGCGAAAUGAAUGCAGUGCUUCAAAAACGAGGCAUACCUCGCAAAAAACGUUGUAUCAUACAGUAA